CUGGGGGGUCAUUCGGUUCACCGGGGGGAAACCAAGCGACACGACGAGCUCGCGCGUGAGCGUGCGACCAUGGCAGCUUCACGGGCGGCACGCGACUCCGUCUACUCGGCGCGGUUCUGCUCCUCGUGAACCGUUUUCUCCGUCCUCGCGGUGUUUUUUCCCCCGCUGUUUGCACGCGACAACAAAACGACGACAGCGGCGGCGGCGCUCGAGCGGCGGGAGGAGGAGGAGGUGGAGGUCCGCAUGGUGGAGGCGCGAGCGGUGCAGAGCUGAAGCGCGAGCCCGUGCACCCGUCCCACCCUACGGUUAUAGCAGCUAACCUAGCGAGCUGCUGCUCCUCGCGCUCGUUUGGCGUGACAGGCUGAGUCACCACUGGAGUGUCUGAAGGGUCCCGAGAGAAAAAGAGAGAGAGAGGCAGCGAAAGAGAGAAAAAGAAGGAGAGAGGGAGCGAGUGAACGAGUGAAGGAGAGAGAGAGGGGGAGGUGGAGUGAGGGAAGGAGUGGAGGCUGAGGAGCGCCUCACUAGAACAGAAGCAAAACAGAAGAAGGAGAGACGGAGGAGGAGAAGAAGAGGAAGAAAGGGGGGAGAACGGAGAGGCGGGGUCAGGACGAGUGACCCCACGGCAAGAGGACUAGUGCUGGGCUCACCCUCCUGACCCUUGACUCCUGACCCCGACCCCUGACCGCUGACCCCCCGAGUCAAAAUGAACGACCAGAACGUGGUGAAGGAAGGAUGGGUGCAGAAGAGAGGAGAGUACAUAAAGAACUGGAGGCCACGAUAUUUCCUCUUAAAAACGGACGGCUCCUUCAUCGGCUACAAAGAAAAGCCUCAGGAUGCGGACUUCGCCUACCCCCUCAAUAACUUCUCUGUGGCCAAGUGUCAGCUGAUGAAGACGGAGAGGCCGAAGCCCAACACUUUUAUCAUCAGGUGUUUGCAGUGGACCACUGUGAUCGAGCGCACCUUCCACGUGGACACACCUGAGGAAAGGGACGAAUGGGUGGAGGCGAUCCAGAUGGUAGCAGACAAGCUAGCCAAACAGGAAGAAGAAGGAAUCCUCUGUAGCCCCACCUCCCAGAUCGAGAUUGUCAACGAGGAGGAGAUGGACACCUCCAUUAGCCACCAUAAACGAAAGACAAUGAAUGACUUUGACUAUCUGAAGCUUCUGGGGAAAGGCACGUUCGGGAAGGUGAUCCUCGUCAAGGAGAAGGCCAGUGGAACCUAUUAUGCAAUGAAGAUCCUGAAGAAGGAGGUCAUUAUCGCCAAGGAUGAAGUGGCCCACACUCUGACUGAAAGUAGGGUAUUGAAAAACACUAGGCAUCCAUUUUUAACUUCUCUGAAGUACUCCUUUCAGACGAAGGAUCGGUUAUGUUUUGUGAUGGAGUACGUCAACGGAGGAGAGCUGUUUUUUCAUUUGUCGAGAGAGCGUGUGUUUUCGGAAGACCGGACCCGGUUCUAUGGCGCUGAGAUCGUCUCUGCACUGGACUACUUGCACUCUGCUAAGAUUGUUUACCGUGAUUUGAAGCUGGAGAACCUGAUGCUGGAUAAAGACGGACACAUUAAAAUCACUGAUUUCGGCCUGUGUAAAGAGGGCAUCACCGACGCCGCCACUAUGAAGACGUUUUGUGGAACUCCAGAAUAUCUGGCACCCGAGGUAUUGGAGGAUAAUGAUUACGGGCGAGCGGUGGACUGGUGGGGGCUGGGCGUGGUCAUGUAUGAGAUGAUGUGUGGACGGCUGCCCUUUUAUAAUCAGGACCACGAGAAGCUGUUUGAGUUGAUUCUUAUGGAGGAAAUCAAAUUUCCCAGAACCCUCUCUGCUGACGCCAAGUCUCUGCUCUCCGGCCUCCUCAUCAAAGACCCUAACAAGAGGUUGGGAGGAGGGCCGGAUGAUGCGAAGGAGAUAAUGAGACACAGUUUUUUCUCAGCGCUGGACUGGCAGGACGUUUAUGAUAAAAAGCUGCUUCCUCCAUUCAAGCCGCAGGUAUCUUCGGAGACGGACACCCGGUAUUUUGAUGAGGAAUUUACAGCCCAAACCAUCACAAUCACCCCUCCUGAGAAAUUUGAUGAGGACGGGAUGGACUCAGCCGAUAGCGAAAGGAGACCGCAUUUCCCACAAUUCUCGUAUUCAGCCAGCGGGCGAGAGUGAGCUGGUUAAACGGCGCCGGCGCUCGUCCGAGGCUGAUGCUGAUUUAAGGAAAUUACGUAGCCAUGCUAGGAAAAAAUCUGCCCUGUUUUUUCCCCCCUCUUUCUCUCUCUCUCUCUUUUUCUCUCUCGAUCUCUAAAAUUACGUAUUGACAUGGGGAAGCUGUUUUUGUUUCAGGUUUUUUUUUUGUUUGUUUGUUCGUUCGUUCGUUUCUUUGUUUUGUUUGUUUUUAAUGUGGGACUUUAAAAUGAAUAAAAGGGGUUUUGCACAGUUGGGUUAGACUGAACCUGGUCGGCCCACGUAAAAAAAAAGUCUCGUACAUUCUCAGCAUUGUUGAUGUUGUUGUUUACAGAAGAUCAAAAACAGCUUUUUUUUGUUUUUCGUUUGUUUAGUUUUUUGUUGUUGUUUUUUUUUUUAUUCUAUCCAUCAGUAUUACCAUUGGUGUUGACGUAUUAGGUUUACGUUUUUUUUUGCGCUUGUUUGGAAGAGCCAUUCUGGGGAACAAAACCAAAAAUGUUGCCUUACGUGCGCGGGUUUUAAAAGUGUCAGACGAACACGUUAAAGUGUCGGACGGACGGACAGACGGAUGGACGGACGGAUGAGCAGACGUGUGGACAGGGUUGUUUAAUUGGUUGUAUUGGCAGUGUCAGUGGUAGAAAGACCCUCAGUAGGCUUCUCAACUUCUUCCCUUUAUCAUUUUCUGUACAGCACACAUCUUCCACUUACGAGCUCCUGAUUUACGUAGUAAAAAAAAAACGCUUACGAUAAAAAAAAUGAUGAAAAGCAUCUGAAAGACACUAUUAUUAUUAUUAUUAUUAUUAUUAUUAUUAUUAUUGACCUCCAGGGUUGUGCGAUGUUCUGUAGACUUACCAGUCUAGCAGAUAUAGUUUUCUAUAGGGGGAAAAUUCAGUACGAACAAUGAUUUUCGUAUAGUACACACAUCCUACCUUACCUUGUUGUAGAAAAAAAAAUUGUCUUACAAAAAAUUUAAAUUACAAUUUAUUUGCCCUGUGUACUUUUCUCCACUAAAAUGUCUCUGGCACUUAUGAAUUAUGAGCUUGUUAUAAGUGAUGGGAGGCGAUACGGUAAAAAUAUUACAUAUCACAAUAUUUAAAGACAUUUUAACGCUGCACAAUAUUUAUUGUAAUAUUUUUACACAUUGACAGAGAAUGGAGCAGGAGUGGCGGAUUUUAAAUACUGCUAUCCAAGUACUUAACACUCUUAGUAUUAAGAGUAAAAAAAAAAUACUGAUAAAGUAUAUUCUGUAUUUCAGUAAUUUCCAAAAUAUGAUACGAUAAAAUAUUGUCAUAUUGCCCGCCUCUAAUAUCAAAAAGUCAAGUUAAAAUCAUGAGUAUACUACUUACAUUAAGUUCUUAAAAUUUGGACGCCUCCUACUCAUUAAACUCAUGAGAACUUGCUCUUUCUUAUCCAAUAAUUCUGUUGAACAGUGAUGAUGUAUGGCACUUUGUGAUUUUAAAGGCAGCACAAGCUUACUUGUUAGCAUCCUAAGUUUUAUAAAGUUCUAGUAAAGUUAAAAUAGAGGUGGAAAAAGGCGUCAUCUGAGAGCCGUCAGUACGCUGCUGUGUUAGCGUGUAUGUACGGUAUAUUGGUGUUAUUCUGAAUAAUGGAAUACGACGAAAUAAUCUUUAAAAUCUGAAUAGAACAUAACGAUCUAAUCUAAAUCAAAAUUCUAUCAGCACGCUGCUGUGUUAGUAUAAUGUAUGCAUACUGUUGACAGCAGUCUAAAGCACUAGCAGAUUGAAUGGAAGAUUGCUGAUUUGAAUCCCUGUCAUGCAGCUUGCCAUCGGCUGCCGUAGCCUAGAGAGAGCACAAUUGGCCUUGCUCUCUCUCUCUGGGUGGGUACAGUAGAUGGAGCUCUACUUUCCCCUCAUCACUCCUAGGGUGAUGUGGAUCAGCACAAGGCUGCGUCUGUGAGCUGAUGUAUCGAAACCGAGUCGCUGCACUUUCCUCCGAACUUGUUAGCGAUUUGAUGCUACUCUUUAAUGCUUAAGUUGAAAGAGAAGCGGAGUCUAGUCCUAAUUUAAAUAUUUUAACCACAGGGCAGAAUUACAGCUUUUUUUUGCGCAAAUAGAUAAUCCCAUAGAUAAUCACUGCGUAUAGACUCAAGAGUUGCUAAAAUGGGCCUACAGAAUAAGAGCAUGACUUUAGAGGUCAGAUUUCUUGUUUUCUUUCUUUAUGUUCUUCAGUCUGUAAAGUUUUUGUUCUGUUCUGAAGAUCUGCAGAGAUUUGCAGGCGGACAUCAGUACACUAAACUGCCGGUUACUGUAAACCUCACUCAGGCAACUCGGAGCACAAACUACUAACAAACCACAAGGCAACUCCUCCCAUAAACAGCCGUGUGCACUCCAGACAUCCACACAUGGAUGGAAAACAAGUCUUUUCUUUUCUUUUCUCUUUUCUUUUGUUCGUUUUUCCUUUUUCUUUUUGUGUGGGAUUUCCCUUAAACACUUUAAACACUCCUGGGCUGUGGGAUUGCACGAUGUUUGCAAGCGAAAUCCUUUAUUGGAGGAUAUCAUUAUUUCCGCCACGCCCUCCUCUAUCUCUGCUUGCUCCUGUUUCUAUCUCUCUCUAUCGCUCUCAAAACUAACUUAUUGUGCUACAAAUUAACAAUAAGUCAACAAUGACCGAUCAGACCCGUGGUGAGCAGAAAUGGAGAGCAUGGUGGAAAAAAAAAACGCUGACUAAUCGGAAAAAUAAUCGGCAGGUUAGUCGACUGCCAAAAUAAGUAUUAGUAAAGAUCACAGCCCUAGUUAAAACAAGCUAAAUCAUUAUCCUUAACCAAAUUUAGAGAUAGAUCAAAUCAAUUAAGUUAAUCAAAUUUUUUUCUUCAAAAUAGGACUAUUUAAAUACAGCUCUGGAAAAAAAAAUAAAAACUAAGGGACCACUUCAGUUUUCUAAAUCAGUAUCCCAGAUUUUGCAGUUUAUAGGUUUAUAUUUGAAUUAUGUUUAAAAUUAACAAAGUUUUUUUUUUAUUCUAUAAACUACAGACAACAUUUCUCCCAAAUUCCAACUAAAAAAUAGGAAUUUAAAGCCUUUAUUUUAUGCAGAAAAUAAGAAAAUGGCUGAAAUAACAAAAAAGUUUUUUUCAUGCAUCUUGGCAUCAUGUUCUCCUCCACCAGUCUUACACACUGCUUUUGGAUAACUUUAUGCUAAUCACUCCUGGUGCAAAAAUUCAAGCAGUUCAGUUUGGUUUGAUGGCUUGGGAUCAUCCAUCUUCCUUUUGAUUUUAUUCCAGAGGUUAAAAAUGAGGUAAAAUCAAAGAAAUUUGUCAUUUUAGGUGCUCUCUUAUUUAUUUUUUCCAGAGCUGUAUAAUUAGUUAGUAGUAAACUCUGUCUGUAAUAGAAGAAGAUGGGGAAUGGGCAGGGAAAUGGAGCCACACCCACACCUUUAUAUCUCUCUCUUUUCUCACUCUUUUGUGGGUUUUUUUUGUUUAGUUUUUUUUUUGUCGUUUGUUUAUUUUGUAUUGGUUUAGUUCUGUUCCGGUUCUGCUUAGAUCUAGAACCUUAUUUGUAUUAAUGGCGGUAUGAUGGCAGAAAAUCAGUGACCCUAGUCAGAUCACACUUUACUAACUCUGAGCAAACUGAGCCAUGUUGAGGAAGAGGAGGAGGAGGAGGAGGAGGAGGAGGAGGAUGAUGAGGAUGAUGAAGAUAAAGAAGAUGCCCCAGCGAGAGAAGGAGCCCUGAGAUGAUCAGAUAAACUGUGCAGGACUGUGAGAGGACUAAAGAAAAUUGAACCCCCUCACACACACACACACACACACACACUUCCACACACACACAUUCCCAACGAAACCCGCCCGCCCACACCCCCACCUUCACCUCCAAUCGCCCAAUCACCACCCAGCUACAGUAUUUCUAUGUGAUGUAAAUAUGCAAUGCCUUCUUCUUUCGUUCACUUUUUUUGUUUCUUAUUUUUGACAUUUUUGUUUCAUUUUUGUUCUUUUUUUUUUUUUUUGUUAAAAUCGUCACGGCCGAACAGAUAAACUCGUGUGACAGGUGUUGUGUGACUGUACGUAAUUGUUGGAUGAUGAUGAUGAAGAAAAAAAAAAAAAAAGAAAGAA